AUGGGAACUUGUAAUUCUUAAAAAAAUACAUGCAAUACUGUCAAAUAAAUAAACCAAGUUGAAGUCAUUUCUUAGUUCACUACUAUUAGGGAAUUGAUGCACUUCUUUGAUUAGAUUAGUUUAGAGAAAUUGAAUUUCCCAGAUUUAUCAGCAUUUCUAUCGAAGCACAUCAACAAAAAUAGAGUAGUUAAUGAGGGCAAAACUUGGGUUGCUAUAAAUGAAGUUAAAACCAUCUUAAACAACAAAACAGCCAUCUUGAUUAGGAACUUUAAUCCAGAAACUGAUGCAGCCAUCUAAUUAAUUUAUUUGCUUAAGCAACUCAUAGAAGUUUCAAUGGGGGCUCAAGAACUAUCAACUAGUUUUAAUGAGAAUGCAGUCGAACUUUUUCAUUAUUACCAAGCUCAAUUGGUUCAAGUCUCCAUCGAAGUGCUACUAGCAGUUAAUACAUUGGUGCGGAAAUAGGAAUACUGGUGGAAAGAUAAUUAUUUCAAUUGGAGAAGCAUUUACAUCCAAACGAUGUUUAAAAUUUAAUAGCCUUUUGUAGAAAAGAUAGAUCUGAUUGGGCCAUUUUAUGGAUUUAUCGCUUUAUUAAAAUAAUGCGCUCAACUAAUUUGUAACCAGUAAAAGUCACCAGAUCUUAUUGAAAUUGACAUCAAGGCUCAAUAGGAAGUCCUAGAAUAAUUCUACAGUUAAAUCAGAACCGGCUUUUUGUAAAAUCAAUCAAGUCAACUUGAGAGUAUUAAUUGGGAACGGUAAAUUGCUUCAAAAUCACUAGGAUAAUAACUACAACUUUAUCAUCUCUAUAUAAAUAAGAAAAACUAUACUUCUUGA